AAAUAACAAAACAAAACUAAGGCUGUCAUGUUGAGCAAGCCGGCAAGCAUAUGAGUUGACCAUCACAUUCAUAGAAUCUGGAAGUGGCAAUCUGAACCAAACAAACCACUCUCAAGGUUAAUCAAAUCUUGGUUCUUUUCAUUUCACCAGCUUCUACUUUUCUUGUUCUGAAGCAGGGGAAAAUGACAAUGGUUUUUUGGUAGUGGUAAUUUGUGAAACAUUGAUUUGGUAAAGAUGGCGUGGAGAAAAGGGUGUGAGGAAGUGGCUAAUUCGAAGCCUCUGUUCCUCACGAUCUACACUGUUGUCAUCAUUGGAAUCGUGGUUUCCUCCUUCUUCGUCUUCUCUGCUAUAUACUCAACCAACCCUCCUUCUGCUCAAUCUUCUGCAUGGCUCUCUUCCAUUUCGAGUGAUGAAACUCGUGUUACAGAUCAGACACUAAAGGUUUCUCGGUCAGCAGCGGUGCUUAUUGUGCCCACUCCUUCCCCAGGAUCACAAAAUGAAUGGCCAACGUCUAUAUGGGAUGAUCCACCACCCAAUAAAAAGAUGCCACCUUUGGAGGAUUUCAGGCUGACCAAGAAACUGGUUCAGCAAAGGGUGAAGGAUAAUGCUGUAAUAGUGACCUUUGGUAACUAUGCAUUCAUGGAUUUUAUUCUGACGUGGGUUAAACAAUUGAGAGAUCUGGGGGUUUCUAAUUUCCUUGUUGGUGCAAUGGAUACCAAAUUAGUGGAGGCACUCUAUUGGAAAGGGAUACCAGUUUUUGACAUGGGCAGCCAUAUGAGCACAGUAGAUGUUGGCUGGGGGUCUCCGACAUUUCAUAAAAUGGGGAGAGAAAAAGUUAUUCUGAUAGACUCAAUACUGCCUUUUGGUUUCGAGCUGUUGAUGUGUGAUACUGACAUGGUUUGGUUGAAGAACCCACUUCCGUAUCUUGCUCGUUAUCCAGAAGCAGAUGUUUUAACUUCAAGUGAUCAAGUUAUACCAACGGUUGUUGAUGAUAGUUUGGAAAAUUGGCCUGAAGUUAGUGGCGCAUACAACAUAGGAAUUUUCCAUUGGAGACCUACAGAGUCUGCAAAAAAAUUGGCAAAGCAAUGGAAAGAAAUGCUCCUAGCUGAUGACCAGAUAUGGGAUCAGAAUGGGUUUAAUGAUAUUGUUCACAGACAGUUAGGUCCUUCUGUUGAUGAUGAAAGUGGGCUUGUUUUUGCUUUUGAUGGAAAACUGAAGCUGGGGAUUUUGCCUGCAAGUAUCUUCUGUAGUGGACAUACAUAUUUCGUCCAGGCUAUGUACCAGCAACUAAGGUUGGAGCCAUAUGCAGUGCACACAACAUUUCAAUAUGGAGGCACUGAAGGAAAGCGCCAUCGAUUGCGAGAAGCCAUGCUGUUCCUUGAUCCACCAGAAUACUAUAAUCCUCCGGGGGGUUUCUUGUCAUUUAAGCCACAUAUUCCAAAAAACUUGUUGCUAAGUGGGGAGCAUAAUGUUGAAUCACAUUUUACUCUUGUUAAUUAUCAAAUUAAACAGAUUAGGGCAGCACUUGCAAUUGCUUCCCUUUUGGACAGAACGCUGGUUAUGCCUCCACUAUGGUGCAGGAUUGAUAGGCUAUGGUAUGCCCAUCCUGGUAUUUUGGAAGGGUCCAUGACUAGACAACCUUUUCUCUGUCCUUUGGACCAUGUAUUUGAGGUGAAUGUCAUGUUGAAAAAGCUCCCUGAAGAAGAGUUUGGUCCUCAAAUAGAUUUUCGAGAGUACUCAAUACUUGAUAAUCCCUCUCUGCCGUCAGAGGUAAAAAAGUCAUGGCUUGAUGUUCAGCUCUGUAAAGAAGGAACCCAAGAUUGUGAUGCAUCAGCAUCAAAUGAUACCAAUGUUGGAGGAGGAGUACUUAAAUUUCCUAAGCACAGCAAUGAAGAAACGUUUAUGAAAGUAUUCUCAUCAUUCAAGGAUGUAAAAGUUAUCAAGUUCUCUUCAGUGCAAGAGGCAUUCACAGGUUUCACUGACAAGGAAAGGGAAGAUAAAUUCAGAAACCGUGUUAAGCGGUAUGUGGGCAUAUGGUGUUGUGUGCCGGAUCACACUCCUGGUCACAUAUAUUAUGAUAUGUACUGGGAUGAGAAACCAGGAUGGAAAGCAGUUCCUCCUCAAACUUCUGAGGAUGAUCAUCCACCUUAUUGAAAUCACCUUAGAUUUGUGUUAGUUAAAACACUGAUGAAUGGGGAAAUAAGACACACAAAUCCAAAGGAGAUUUAGUUUCUAACUAAUUGUCAACAAGAUUCUAUACUUACACAAGUGAAGAAUCUGUAUCCAUAUUGAAAAUGUAAGAUAUUCUUAGAGAUUAGACAAUUAGUUCUUGUGUAACAAUUAAGAAUUUAUUUUGUUUUGUAUCAUGUUACCAAUAUAUUGCAACCAAGAGAAAUGGAGGCCCUAAAUUUCUUAGAGGGUGCACUUUUUGGUCUUUGAUGUCUUGGUAGAUAUUGUAUUGACUGUAAUUAAAUACUGGAGACAUUCAAUUGUAUCACUCUUUUCUUCCAUAUUUUAUUUUAAACUGAAAAAAAAGUGAUGCUCGAUUUUCUGUUGUCAA